AUGUCCAAUUCGUCCAACGUGACCGAACUGCAAUGGAACGGCACCGCCACCUCCCAAGCCGUCUUCUCCGCCGUGACCUUAAUCAUCAACGCCUACGUCCUGUACCUGCUGAUCCGCCACGACAACCUGCGGACCCCGUUCAAUCUCUACCUCAUCAAUCUCCUCAGCGCCAACAUCUUCCUCACCCUACCCGAUCCAUUCCGCGUCAUGAACGCCGUGGAACUGCGCUGGUCCUUCACUUCCUUAGCCUGUAACGUGGUCAUCUACAGCGAUUGGGUGGGCAGCGCCGGGGUCCUGCACGCGCAUCUGCUGAUCACGUUAAACAGAGUGUGGGCGUCCACCUUUCCCAUCUCCUACCGCAAUUAUCACACGUUUAAAAUGGCGGGAUUGUUGUGUAUUUUAAUGUGGGGAUACAGCCACUUAUUGCCGGGUCCGUUGUUGGUUAUUGACUACUUCUAUAACCGACCGAAUAUGGAGAACACUACGGAGUGCUCUGUGGUUAGUGACCAGCAGCCGGGAUAUGCGAAAUUCUUGGAGAUUUGGGUGUACGAUGCACCAGUGUUUUUGAUCUUUUUGUCAUAUCCGUUUUUAUACUGGAAACGGCGCCAACGCGCCAAGGUUUGCGUGGGCCAAGGGCAGGGAUCCACCACCCUCCACGCAGCGUCCAACACUGAAGAGGGCGGAGGGAAGCGAAAGGUCAAGGAUGGGCGGCACGGUUUCUGGGUGCUGACGGCGUUGACCUUGAGUAUCUUCCUCUGCUGGACGCCGACGAAAAUCAACGGGAUUCUCACGGCAUUCUUCGAUAAGGAUCUGCCAGAACUGAAGGAGAUCGGUGACGUGCUGUACUCACUACAGGGAAUUCUAGAUCCGCUGUUGUUUGCCAUUACUAUGCGGGACUUGCGCGAAGCGAUUCUGCGAAGCGUGGGGUUAGACAAAGCGCCUUGUUGUGGGAAAUCUCUUGCCAGGAAGGGAACGGGAAAGUAUUGAUUGCGGUGCCGGUUCGAUGCUGCCGUUGUUAGUGUAGACAAUUGCCCUGUGUACAUGCUUACUUCCUGGUUGUCUCGACAGACAUCACAAUUAUGGUUGCUGUACAUAAAAGGCUCUUUAUGUUUCCAAGAAUUGGAGCGGUCGGAAUAACGUAACGUCACUGCGGCUUGCCUUAUACACGAUGCUGUACAUGCUUUACAUGCAUUACCAAAAAACAUCCUAUUUAUAUUGGCCAUCCUCGCAUGU